AUGGAUCCAUUGCUUAGUGUAGUUUUUCUUGGGCUGCUUAGCCUCCUUUUAAUCCUCAGUAGGAUAAAACGACGUUAUUCGUCUAAUAUAAAUGUGAUUGCAAUUGGUGCCAUUAAGGCGUCUCCUCCCCUCACGUUCAACUUAUUGGUUGAAUCCAUGCUCGUUCAAUUUGAGAUAGAUACUGGAGCGGGAGUUACCGUUAUGGCUUUAACUACCUUUCAAGCUCUUUUUCCUCAAUUAAAAUUAACCAAAUCAAGUGUCCUUUUAUCAGCCUUAUCAGGCCUUGUUGAAAAUACAGGAGAGAUCACUGUUAAUGUUAAACUCAAUUCUACUACUCACAAAUUGCUGUUAAUAACUUGUAAACAUGCUUCAGAGUUCAGACCCUUAUUAGGUAGGGAUUGGUUAGACAACCUUUGGCCAAAUUGGCGUCAAUCCUUAACUGCAGAUACCUCAAUAGCUUCUGUAAAGUCAAUUCAUAAUGUUGAAAUUCCUUCAGUUGAAAAGUUGCAAAAAAUGUUUCCAAGGCCUUUUGCCAUUAAUACUGAUACAGCUAUUGAAGGUUAUACAGCUAAACUCAUUUUAAAGCACAAUGCUCAACCUAUCUUUGCAAAAGCUUAUCCAUUACCAUUUGGCAUGGAAAAACCAGUCAAUGAAGUGUUAGAUAGUUGGAUCAAUUCAGGUAAAGCCGUGAGAGUCAGAGUGGCGGAGUGGGCUUCACCCGGUUUUGCAGUUCCUAAAAAGGACGGUAAGGUUCGUUAUGUGGUGGAUUUCAAACGUACGCUGAAUCCUCAGCUUCGGGUGGAUUAUUAUCCUUUACCAACCCCCGAACAUGUUUUCUCUAAUCUUGCCAACGGCAAAUAUUUCACCAGCUUGGACCUUACUGACGCUUACACGCAAUUGACCCUCCACCCUGACUCCCAGGACUUGUGUGUGGUGAAUACACACAAAGGUCUUUUCAAACUUACUCGUUUGAUUUAUGGAGUUAAUUCGGCAGCUGCAAUCUUUCAGUCCACCAUGGACUUAAUUCUAAAAGACUUACCCGGGGUGAUUUGCUACUUGGACAAUAUUCUUAUUAAAGGUGAAGAUUUACCUGAUAUUAUCUCCAAAACUUACUUGGUGCUAGCAAGACUUGAAAAACAUAAUGUAAGGCUAAGAUUAGAUAAAUGUUUAUGGUUUGUAGAACAACUCGAGUUCUUAGGGUUCUCUAUAUCAGCUCUAGGUCGGGCUCCUAGUCCUAGUUUAUAUGAGGAUAUCCUAACCUGUGCACCUCCCAAGGACCUAAAGCAAUUACGCUCAUUCCUGGGUCUCAUCAAUUUCUAUUCAGAAUACCUUCCUAUGUUUUCCACCAUCGCUAAACCUCUAAGAUUACUAACAUGUAAUGAUACACCCUUCAUUUGGUCAGAAGAUUGCCAACUAGCCUUUGAUCAGUCCAAAAAUCUCCUUAAGUCCAGCCAACUUCUCAUGCAUUUUGAUCCCAACUUACCUAUCCUUCUUAGCACUGACGCUAGUCCAGUAGGUGUCGGCUGUGUUCUGGCACAUGUCAUCAAAUCAAAUGGGAAACCCGUAGAGAGACCUGUUAGCUUUGCUUCAGCUACCCUUACUCCAGCCCAGCAAAAUUAUGCUCAGGUGGAUAGGGAAGCCUUCGGCGUUAUAUUCGCCGUUACUAAGUUUUAUAAAUUUCUAUGGGGUAGAGAAUUUACGAUAGCAACAGAUAAUUCAGCAAUUCAGAGGAUCUUGAGUCCCGAUAAAGGAUUACCCCUUAGGACCAACCACAGACUCCAGCACUGGGCAACCAUUCUUCAAGGAUUUCAAUACCAAAUUGAACACCGUAAGUCAGCUCUCAUGUCUGUCCCAGAUGCUUUGUCUCGUCUGCCAUCCUCUGUUACCUUGCACUAUCUUAAUAUUUCUAUCAAACCCCCUAUCCCCGUAGACGUCAUCUCAGAGCACUCUCUACCUGAUCCCAUCCUUUCUAAAGUUUUCGAUUACACCCUCCACGGUUGGCCUCAAAAAAAUCCAUUCCCUAACCAUGCAGAACUCUCUAUUUAUUUUAAGCAAAAAGAUGAGCUUUCAAUUCAGCAGAAAUGCCUUAUGAUGGGCAACAGAGUUAUUGUACCUCCCCCCUUGCGAGGCCAGGCCUUAGCAAUUUUACAUAUGGGACAUCCGGGAAUAGUAAUUACUAAAAUGUUGGCUAGGUCCACGUUUUGGUGGCCCAGUCUCAAUUCAGAAAUCGAAAAUCUUUGUUCAAAUUGUUUGCCCUGUGCUAAAAUUAAUUUAAAGCCUAAAUCAAAUUACAUUCCCUGGACCCCAGCUAAAUAUCCUUUUGAGAGAGUACACAUUGAUUUUUACUCCUAUAAACAGCAUCAAUUUUUCAUUUUCUGUGAUGCUUAUUCUAAAUGGCUCCAUGUUCAAAUUAUGCCAACAACUGUAGCAUCUGCUGUUAAUAAUGCCUUAUUUUCAAUUUUUGCCAUGUGGGGUUGUUUACCUACAGCUCUAGUCUCAGACAAUGGCCCCCCCUUCGAUUCCUCAGAGUUCAUAAAUUUUUUAACAUCUUUAAAUAUUCUGCUUAAACACAGUCCCGUUUACCAUCCUGCAUCUAAUGCUCAAGCAGAACGAGGAGUGGGCAUUGCAAAAAGGGCUUUAGACAAAAUUUUAGAAGACCUGGGUGGGAUGGCGGCAUCGACCCCAUCAAAACAAAUAUCCACAGCACAUUUGCUUGAAGCUGUUAACAUUUUCCUUUUCACCCAUCAUAACACCCCAUCAACCUCCACCAACAAGGCACCUAAUGAGUUACUCCUUUCAUUCAGACCCCGAACCAUACUUUCACAGUCUAACCCAACCUUAACAUCCUCUCUUGGGCUUCCAUCCACCUUCGCUAAGUUUCGGGAAGGGGAAUUAGUUCUUGUCAGACUCGCAAAUCAACCAGCAAAAACGGGUAAAGUCAUUAGGCAAAUAGGUGUAAAUAAUUAUAAUGUUCUCAUUGAUGGAGUUAUUAAACAAUGCCAUUUUAAUCAGCUUGAAUUAAAGCCUUAA